ACCUGCAUUGUUCAACAUCACAUUGCGAUUGUGAAAGGGCACAGUAAAUAGUCUGCCUGUGUUGUCAAUAAACAGUGCUUCAAGUAUGAUAAAGAAGGCCGUGUCAGAGUGGGUUAAAGUGUUUCCUCGACAAGCAACCGAGAAUUAUACAAGUUCUCUAGCUUUUAUGAAACAGCUGACUGUUGUGGCUGUUAGCACAAUAACUUAUUUAAAAAAUGCAUUUCCCGAAGACAGCUAUAUGGUCGAAUCUUUCGGUGGUGUGAAAUUACGUAUUCUGAAGAAGAAAUGUCGCGAUGAACUUGCACAAUUUCUGAGUACAGCUUUAGUACAAGCAUUUGAAGCAUUCGAUAAGAAAUAUAAAUUAUUUCCUCAGCUUCACCAAUUAGCGCUUUGCUUUUAUGAAGAUGAAUGCAAACAAGAAAAUUUAAUUGAAUAUCAUAUUUUUGAGUACGCAUAUAAUGACGAUGGGGUUACCAUGAAUGUACAUUCAAAAAACCGGGAUAAUGUGAAACAAAGUACGAAAUAUACGUUUGAAAAUGUAAGAGAACGUACCAUCCACUUGAUAAGAGCUUGUGUGGUUAUAAUGCAAGCGUGUCAGAAUGACUUACCAUCGUCCUAUGAUGUCAGUCUGCGGCUUUAUUACAAUGAAGAUGCCCCCGCCGACUACCAAGCACCAGGCUACCUCUCAACCAAUGAAACUGAAGACCACCUGGAUCCUACGCUAUCUGAAGCUAUCAAACUUGGCUGGGUUGAAACACCUUAUCAUAAGUUGAUCGCACGCUCUUACAUAAAGGAGCAAAUGAGAGCCAGCCAUGAAGCUAUACCAUCCCAAAACGCACCGGUGUUAUCAAACGAAAUGGAUUUAUCUGGUUCAGGAGUUCGUUCGGAAAAUGAGACUCAGUUGGUAUGUCCGUGCAACAAGUACGAUGACCGCGAAUCUUACAACUCAAGCGAGCUCCUUACUUGUUACUAUUGCAACACGCAGCAGCACGCGGCGUGUUACGGCGUGCGGCGCGGCGGCGCGAGCGCGCGCCACUGCUGCGCGCCGUGCCACGACCGCGACGCCACGCGCGCGCCCACCGACCUCAAGCUCGCGCCGCUGAACAGCAAGAAGAGGGAGUGCCUAUGCAUAUUCCGCCGCACUCUGGAGCUCUGCACGGAACUGCCAGCAAUCGAGGUGCGGAAUCUCACGGAACGAUUCCGUAUAUCUGACGCGAAUGCCAUGAAACUAAUGAAGUUGCUUCACUCGCACGGAAUUAUUAAGCAGGAUCCCGACUUCGAUAUGCAUACCUCUCAAAAAAUUAUACCGGAACAACUAGAUGCUGUCAUGUCAAAAUUCUUUAAUACGAGAGAAGUGAACAUAGUCGAUCGCCUUUUAGCAGAAACAUUCGAGUCGCAGGUGAGCGUGCCCGAUCCAAUUGGAGAGGUACUUAGUCCCCUAGAAAAGGUAAGUCUUCAGAACACUUCUUACAUUGGUCGGGUUAUAGAAAAUCCCGGGAUGAAUAUACCACCCAAUGAAGAUUCGACUUUAAAACAAUACAGUGAAGCUGUCCGUUCUAAUGAUAGAGUUGAAGAGCCUAGUACGAAUCCAGUGGAAGUGUUCAAGAAAUCUGGUAAAAGAAAAUUGAAUGAUGGAGAUAGACCAGUCUUGAGGACAGGGGUUCGGACUAAGAGAGCUAGAACGAUUCCCAAAUAAAUUGAUUUUCUCGUUUAUAAUUCUGAUUUAAAAUAAAUUAUUAUUUUGAAGAUUGCAUUACUUAAACAAGUUCUUCAAGUUAAUUUCUAUAAAAGUCAUCAAUUUAAUAGUUUUCAUAUUAUUA